GAACUACCACGAGGGAAAACUUUCCUUCUCACUACAACAGGGAAAAAGUCUCUUCGUCCUUAACUUUGGGUCUUUUAGGGGUUAAAACAAAACCAUAUUUGCAGUCUGCAGAUUUCCCAGUUUCUCGCAGUAAUUUCGAGAGAGAAUGGCGGGUUUACUGGCAUGGGCAGCCGAUGUAGUCGGAGGUCACGGCGGUGGCCAAACUAGUGAAGCAGACGAUGCCAUUCCAAUAAUUUUUAGCGAAGAGCAACAAAACUAUGUGCGAGAAUUAGAUCGAAAGGCGGCUUCUUUGAGCCGCACAAUCCAAGAUCUACGGCUCAGAUUGCCUCCACCCGAUAUCUCACAACGCCUCCCUCACCUUCUUGCGCAUUCCCUAGCUUCUAAUGCUGCUCUUGCUCUGCAGUUGAAUGCUCACUCUGCCACUAGGGAACAAGCCCAAUUGAGAGAGGUGACUUUGCAGGAAGAAAAUGUUGCAUAUGAAAAGGCUAUAUCGAAUUGUGAAAAUAAAAUACAGGAGAAAAUCCAGGAGGCAGAUUUACUUCAGCGAAGGUUACAGGAAAUGGAUGAGACAGAAAAAAAUUUGAGACAGGAGCUGGAAAAUGUGAAAACUGCGCUAGAAACUAGUCCAUCUGGAAACUCUGGUGAAUCAGUUGCAUCUGAAACAGAAGCUGAAUCUGGAUUAGACACAGAAGCUACAAAGUCCACUUUGUUGGAGAAGUUGGAGAGCAAGAAGAAAGAGCUAGGUUCAAUGGAAGAAAUUAUUCAAGGUCUAGAGAAAAAAUGGGCUCAAAUUCAGGAGAGUGCACUGAAGCAGCCCACGCCAGCUCAGAGAGAAAAGAUAUUGGAUAAACAGCUCCAUAGCUUAAUUGAGCAACUAGCAGCAAAACAGGCACAAGCGGAAGGCCUGGUCACUGAGAUCCAUUUGAAAGAGAUGGUAUUAGAAAGAUUAAAUGGAAUGUGGAGGCAGCUUGAAAGCAGCAAUAUAGAAGCAAAUAUUGCUAGGAAUCGAUUUGGAAGAAACAAUUCAGAUAGAGGAUCUUCUUCUUCUUCUUCUUCUUUAGAAUAUAUUACUGACAAGCCUCCUUAUUCAGGUAGUGAUCGAACAGCGCAACAGCAUAGGCUUAUGCUACUAAGAUCGGCCUUUGUGCUCUACAUUUUGUUUUUGCACAUCUUGGUCUUUAUUAAACUUUCAUUCUAACCAGCAUGCAUAUAUUGUCUUUGUUGACUUCUUAUCCUAAGUUUAUAUUUUCUCUCUGUCUGAACUUGAGAUGUAUAAUCUACAUUAUUUUAGAAGUUAAUUUCAUAUUUUGUACAUAGAAACAAAUUCUUAUGUGUUUUGAAUUAUGUCCUGUUUAUCAUGCUUUUCCUA